AUGAAAAAACGACCUGUUUUUAAUGUGUCCAAUGAUUUGCUCAAGGAAAUGUCAUUGCAUGAUGUAAGAUUGGAUCCAAACUCAAUACAUUGGCAAGCACAGCAAACGAAUUUGGAGUACCUAUUGAUGUUGGAAGUGGAUAGUUUGGUUUGGAGCUAUAGGAAGAUAGCCGGUUUGCCAACACCUGGGAAGCCAUAUGGGGGGUGGGAAUCCCCAGAUAAUGAAGCUCGGGGUCAUUUUGUAGGGCAUUAUUUGAGUGCAACAGCACAAAUGUGGGCUAGCACUCACAAUGACACUGUUAGACAGAGAAUGUCAGCAGUGGUGUCUGCUUUAUCUGCCUGCCAGGAGAAAAUCGGCACUGGAUAUCUUUCUGCUUUUCCAACUGACUUUUUUGAUCGUGUUGAAGAUAUAAAACCACUAUGGGGGGCUCCUUAUUACACAAUUCACAAGAUCUUGGCAGGCUUACUUGAUCAACAUACACUUGCUGAUAAUGAUCAAGCUUUAAAAAUGGUGACAUGGAUGGUUGACUAUUUUUACAACCGUGUUCAGAAUGUGGUAACACGGUUCAGUUUAGAAAGGCACUAUCUAUCACUUAAUACAGAAUCUGGUGGCAUGAAUGAUGUUCUUUACAGGUUAUAUACCAUUACGAACGAUCAAAAGCAUUUAUUUUUGGCUCAUCUAUUUGAUAAACCCUGCUUUCUAGGACCACUUGCAUUACAGGCUGAUGAGAUAUCUGACUUUCAUGCCAACACACAUAUCCCAAUUGUUAUUGGAUCUCAAAUGCGGUAUGAAGUCACUGGUGAUCCACUUUAUAAGGCAAUAGGGAUGUUCUUCAUGGACAUUGUUAACUCUUCACACAGCUAUGCAACAGGAGGAACAUCAUUCUUAGAACAUUGGACUGACCCAAUGCGAGUGGGAGAUAUUCUACAAACCGAGAGUGAAGAAUCAUGCACAACUUAUAACAUGCUGAAGGUCUCUCGCCACCUGUUUACAUGGACCAAAGAAGUGGCAUAUGCAGAUUAUUAUGAGCGUGCAUUGACAAAUGGUGUUCUAAGCAUACAAAGAGGAACAGAUCCUGGAGUGAUGAUUUACAUGCUCCCACUAGGUCGUGGAUCUUCCAAGGCCGAAAGCUACCAUGGAUGGGGAACACCAUUCGACUCUAUGUGGUGCUGCUAUGGCACAGCAAUGGAAUCAUUCUCAAAGAUAGGAGAUUCAAUAUAUUUUGAAGAGAAAGGAAAAGAUCCUGUUCUUUACAUUAUCCAGUACAUAUCAAGCUCACUUAAUUGGAAAUCAGGAAAUAUUGUGGUCAAUCAGAAAGUUGAUCCUGUUUUCUCCACGAAUCCAUACCUUCGAGUGACAUUCACAUUUUCUUCAAUGAAGGUACUGGCCACAGGGACACACAAAUCCUCUACCUUGAACUUGAGGAUACCAAUUUGGACAUUUGCAAACAAUGCUAAGGCAUUGCUGAAUGCUGAGAGUUUGACUGUACCAGCUCCAGGUAAUUUCCUAUCUGUCACUAGAAACUGGGGACCUGGUGACAAAUUAACACUUGAGCUGCCCAUUAGUUUGAGAACAGAAGAUAUUAAAGAUGACCGGCCUGAGUUUGCAUCUCUUAAGGCAAUACUUUAUGGCCCCUAUCUGCUUGCGGGUCAUUCCGAGGCUGACUGGAACAUCAAAACUGGAUCAGCAAAGUCUAUUUCAGACUUGAUAACUCCAAUCCCUGCUGCCUACAAUGCUUAUCUGGUUUCUUUUUCCCAAGUGUCUGGAAACUCAACUUUUGUCUUAACAAACUCAGACCAUUCAAUUACAAUGAAAAUUUUACCUCCUCCUGGCAAUAGUUCCACUGUUGGUGCCACUUUUAGACUCAUCUUAACUGACUCACCUCCACCAAAAUUUUCAACACUCAAAGAUGCUAUUGGCAAGUCAGUAAUGCUAGAACCAUUUGAUUUGCCAGGAAUGGUUGUAGUACACCAAGGAAUAAAUAACAACCUUACAGUUGCAGCCCCGCCUGCUCGCGGUGGCUCUUCCAUUUUCCGGUUGGUUGCAGGAUUGGAUGGAAGGGCUGAGACGGUAUCAUUGGAGUCAGAAAGCAACAAGGAUUGCUUUGUGCAUAAUGGUGUGAAUAACAAUUCAAGUGCAAUCAUCAAGCUCAGCUGCAAAUCAGGCUCAUCAGAUGUUAAUUUUAAUCAGGCUGCCAGCUUUGUAAUGGAAAAGGGACUAGCUGAGUAUCAUCCUAUCAGCUUUGUGGCAAAAGCGCCUAAGAGGAAUUUUCUUCUGGCACCAUUGUUGAGCUUCCGGGAUGAAUUUUAUACUGUUUAUUUUAACAUUCAAGCUUAACAAUCUAGGUGGGAGA